CCGUCGCUAUGUCACCUCAAAUGCAUCUUCCCUGAGGUUAGGGUUAGGUUAGUUUUAGGGUCUCAAGCUUCUCUCCAAUUUGAGUCUUUAGCCUUUCGAUCCAUUCAUGGCCAACCGCACAGAUCCUGCGGCCAAGAGUAUAAGGGGCACUAACCCCCAGAACUUGGUGGAGAAGAUUCUUAGGUCUAAGAUUUACCAGAACACCUACUGGAAGGAGCAAUGCUUCGGGUUAACGGCGGAGACGCUUGUGGACAAGGCUAUGGAGCUCGAUCAUCUCGGUGGUACUUACGGUGGCAACCGCAAACCUACGCCUUUUAUGUGCUUAGUCAUGAAGAUGCUCCAAAUCCAGCCCGAAAAGGAUAUCGUCGUCGAGUUCAUAAAGAACGACGAUUACAAAUAUGUGCGAAUACUUGGUGCUUUUUAUCUGCGCCUUACUGGGACUGAUGUUGAUGUGUACCGAUACCUAGAACCUUUAUACAAUGACUAUCGAAAAUUAAGGCAAAAGUUAGCUGAUGGAAAAUUUGCCUUAACACAUGUGGAUGAGGUUAUAGAUGAGCUUCUGACAAAAGAUUAUUCCUGUGAUAUUGCUCUGCCUCGUGUCAAGAAAAGAAGGACACUUGAAUCACUUGGCUCACUUGAGCCUAGAAAAAGUGUGUUGGAAGAUGAUUUUGAAGAGGAGGAAGAGAAAGAGGAAAAUGAACAAAUUGAUGGGCUAGACAAUGGGGCUGAUGAAAGAGAUUAUUACCAUGGGAGAAGUCCCACAAGGGAAAGAGAUAGAGAUAGGAGACGCGAGAGUCACAGAUACAGGGAUCGAGACUAUGAUCGGGACUAUGACAGGGACUACGAUAGAGAACGUGGACGGGGGCGUGAGAGAGAUAGGGAUAGAGAACGGGAUAGGGACAGAGAAAGAGAGAGGGAUAGGGAUCGGGAUCGCUAUCGUUUAAGAGAAGAAAAGGAUUAUGGUCGUGAUAGGGAACGAGAAAGAGAGAGGGAAGGCAGAGAACGGGAGAGGCGAGAUAGGGACCGUGGCAGGCGGAGUCAUUCAAGGAGUAGAAGUAGGAGUAGGGAUCGCAAGAGACAUGGCCGCAGCUGCAGUCCAAAAAGGCGUGGAGAUGGUCCGGAAGAGCCAAAGAAGAAAAAGGAAAAGAAGGAAAAGAAGGAUGAUGGCACCGACCACCCAGAUCCAGAGAUUGCAGAAGCUAAUAAGCUCCGAGCAGCCUUGGGUUUGAAACCAUUGAAGUGAUAUUGUGUAUCAUGUAAUUUGCUGGCAACUGCCUUUCAACAAAAUACUUGGUUAUCUAGUGGUAUUCUGCUCUUUUUCCCAUCUGCACAGCUUGCCUUGGUGUAUUCUGUAAAUGACCACUACGUAUUAUAAGACUAAUUGUGAGGAUUGGGGCAGGCUAUUAGCUUAAACAAUAGAAAAACAAAUUACAGGCCA